AUGGGAGCGUUCAGCAGACAGAAGUUUUUCCAGGAGCUUGCUCAUGGCUGCCUGCUGCCCACAGCUCAGCAGGGUCUGGAGCAGGUAUGGCAGCUGCUGGUUAUCUGCCUGCUGUGUCGACUCCUCUGGAUGUUGGGCCUCCCCUCUUUUAUCAAACACCUGGGCACGGUGGCCGGAGGUUUCUACACCCUCUACCUGUUUUUUGAGCUUCAUAUGAUCUGGGUGGUGCUUCUCAGUUUACUCUGCUACCUCUUCCUCUUCCUUUGCCGCCACUCUACCAUCCGAGGCACCUUCCUCUCCAUCACUGUGCUCAUAUACCUGCUACUCGGAGAGCUGCACAUGAUGGACACCACCAUCUGGCACAAGAUGAGAGGUUCACAGAUGGUGGUUGCCAUGAAAGCCAUCUCUCUGGCCUUCGAUUUGGACAGGGGUGUUGUGACCAGCGUACCCUCACCCAUUGAGUUCAUGGGCUAUAUUUACUUUGUGGGCACAGUCAUCUUUGGUCCUUGGAUCAGUUUCAACAGCUACAAAGAAGCUUUAGAAGGGCGUAAGCUGAGCUUUUCUUGGCUUUUAAAAGUGUCUGUUAGCUGGGUGAAGAGCCAGAUCUGCCUUGUUAUUUCCAACUGUGUGGCUCCCUACCUCUUCCCUUAUUUCAUACCUGUUUAUGGAGACAAGCUGCUACGAAGCAAAAAGAGGAGGAAGAUCAGAGGUACGAUGGCAAAGUGGUUGCUGGCGUAUGAGAACACAAUGUCUUUCCACUUCAGCAAUUAUUUUGUUGGUUACUUGAGCGAGACUACUACUACUUUGGCCGGGGCGGGCUUCACCGAGGAGAAAGAAAACCUCAAAUGGGAUAUGACCGUAUCCAAGCCGCUGAGUAUAGAGUUUCCUCGGUCGAUGGUGGAGGUGGUGACGUCAUGGAAUUUGCCGAUGUCUCGCUUUCUGCACACCUAUGUUUUUAAGAGCGCUCUCAAAUUUGGGACGUUCUCCGCUGUCAUGGUAACAUACACAGCCAGUGCCCUUCUGCAUGGUCUGAGUUUUCAUCUGGGUGCUGUGCUGAUAUCUCUCGGGUUUAUCACAUACAUAGAGCAUGUGUUGCGGAAGAGGCUCGCGGCCAUUUUUAAUGCCUGUAUACUGUCGAGGAAAUGUCAGCCAAACUGCACUCACCAGCACAAAAGGGGGAUUUGGGUGUAUAUGAUUAAUAUAGCAUUCAGCGCUUUGGCAAUACUCCACCUGACGUACCUGGGCUCUGUGUUCAACUCAAGUGUGGACUACAUGGAGGAGGAUGAGGAUGAUAUAACCCAUCAUACCAUUCAAAAGUGGUCAGAGCUGAGCUGGACGAGCCACUGGGUCACGUUUGGAUGCUGGAUAUUGUACCGCCUCAUCCUCUAA